GAGCAACUAUAAAUUAACUCCAUUCAGAUAUUUAUCCUACUUUUCAUAAAUAACGAUACUUUAACUAGCAUUGUUACUUAUCAAAUGGUUCCUUAAGUUACAAAGUUUACUCAGUUAUGUUUUUUUUGUAAAUACACAUGUAUUUACUUUGUAUUCUGUAGUGAAAAAUAGUGUUCAACUCGAGUGAACGUCCAAGACUGAAGUGGUGCCUCUUCAGUCUUGGACGUCUGGUGGUCACACAGAGAUUGAGCGCUAAGCCACAUCGAUAGAAAUAAGAGCCUUUCGUUCCUUGGUUAUCAAUCUACUGUUGCCAAACUAUAUAUUUGUCACUGAAAAACUUGCAGACUUAUGGAUUUCGCCGUCAUAAAACGUCUUAGUUUCAAACCCGUGUUAUCGAUAUUGAUCGAAGUAAAAAUGAGCCGCUCAGCGCUGGUGAUGUGUGCUAUGUUGGUGGGCUGGGUUGCGCACGGCGUGCUGAGCGCGAUACACGUGGCGGGCACGACGCGCACGUCGGGCACGACGGGCACGCCGGGCACGACGGCGGUGACCGUGACGUGCCCGCGCGCGCCGCCUGACGCGCAGCCGCAGGACGCGAGAUACGCGCUGCGCGUCGCUGGUGAACCGGAUUUGUUCUUGCCUGGAGAACUAUACACCGUAUCUCUGCUAGGCGUGGAUAGCGGUACGGGGCUAUCGCCGUUCAUCGGGUUCACGAUGUGGGUAGAGCUGGACACUGACAAGGGCUCCGACGGCACGGCGUCGCCGGCGCUGGCGGCCACCAACCGCUCCUCGUUAGGAUCCUUCCAGGCGUACGAUGCCCAGACAAAACAGCAUGAAUUGUGCUACCCCGCGGUGGAUAACGCUACUGCGCACCCGAAGACAGAGAUACAAGUAAUCUGGAGCGCCCCGUUGCGCGCCGUGGAUCUGUGCCUGCGGUUGUGCGCGCGCAUCGAGCCGGCGAACGACAAGGGCGAGUGGUCGGUGCUCACGCGCAAGAUCUGCGCGGCGUACGCGGCGCCCGCCAGCUUCACGCGCCAGCCGCCGAUACUGGAGCCGUGCUGUGCCUGCGAUGAGGCUAAAUACGAGGUAACCUUUGAAGGGCUUUGGUCCCGCAACACGCACCCGCGCGAGUUUCCACAGAGCGCGCGCGCGCACUUCAGUGACGUCAUCGGUGCCUCUCACACCACGCAAUAUCGCGUGUGGCAGGAGGGCCGUGUGGCCAGCGCGGGGUUCAGGCGGCUGGCAGAAGAUGGAGCCACUACGGCAUUGGAGAAGGAACUGAAAGCUGAGAGCGACCACAUCCGCACAAUAAUCAAAGCCCGCGGCAUAUCGUGGCAGCAGGUGGCCGGCACAGGAGCGCCUAGCACCUUCGCCGUGUUCCGCGUGGACGCGAAGCACCACCUGGUGUCUCUGGCCGCGAAACUCGCGCCGUCCCCGGACUGGAUAGUUGGCGUAUCAGCUCUGGAACUCUGUAAUGCGAACUGUACUUGGAGCACGUCUGCUACGUUGCCGCUUUACCCGUAUGACGCUGGGACUGACAGUGGCAUUGCAUAUACGUCCCGUCGGCAGCCAUCAGUGCCAGCGGCGCCGGUGCGAGCGUUGCGGCCGGAUUGGCCUCGCGAUGUCCGCUCGCCGUUCUUUAGCGCCUCGGGAGAGAUGCGGCCCUACGCGCGUCUGCGGCUCAACCGACUUCGGCUCUAUGAGAAGAACUGCGAUGGUACUGGUGUACCGAGUCCGGAGCACAAAUCGGACCUGGGCGCGUCAGGCGCGUGCACGACACACACUUGGGGCCCGUGGUCGCCGUGCAGCGUGACGUGCGGCGAGGGCCGCGCGUCGCGCCAGCGCUACUACCUGUGGCCGGCGCGCGCGCGCAAGGACGCGUGCCGCGCGCAACUCACCGACCAUCGCAAGUGCCGUGGACCGAGGAUGCACUGCAGGGCAAUAAGCGACUACGAGCCGGACCCAGCGGAGUCGUCCGGGCCGUGCGCGGUGACGCAGUGGUCGGAGUGGUCCCCGUGCGAGGGCUGCGGGGUGCGAGCUCGCACGCGCCACUACGUCGCGCCGCGCGCGCUCAAGCGCUGCCACGUCGGGUUCAAGGCGCGCACCAUACUUAGCCAGGCGCUGCCGUGUGAUGCUGGACCUUGUAACAGACCUCCUACAAAGGAUGGUUCUAAUUCAUCAACAAUCUCGAAUUACGACUGGUUCUUUAUGGACGUGGGCACGGAGGCGUGCAAAGUGACUGCGUGGGGCGACUGGUCACCGUGCUCCGCGCGCUGCGGGCGCGGGCGGCGGCUGCGGGCUCGUCUGUACCUGGCUCGUGACAGCCGCGUGCAGCGCGAGAUCUCGCGCCGCCUGCUCGCUUCAUGGAAUCAGCGCUUUGCUGAGCUGCAGAACCUGGAUAUCCCAAUGGAGAACACGACGCUAGAUGACCCUGAGCUGGAGAAGGAGGUCCAGGAGCAGAUGGACCGCUGUCAGUUCACCAUGUCGCAACAAGAAGCGCUGUGCGAUGGUGAAGACACCGGCUGUCUCGACUCUAUUACCAAAGAAACGUGCACGCUGCCGUCGUCGGUGGGGCACUGCCGCAGCUACAAGGAGUGCUGGUUCUUCGACGCGGCCAGCGGGCGCUGCGAGCCGUUCGGGUACUCCGGCUGCGGCGGCAACGCAAACAACUUCCCCACGCACGACGAAUGCAUCAAACGCUGCGGAAACGCUACCGAUGUUACAGCCACACCGGCUACUACCACUGACUCGAGCGUGAAGAAACCGACUCAAUCGAGCGCGGACAACGAGGUGAUUCAAAACGAUGCGCCUCUUCAAGAGGACGUGAAUUGUGAGGUGGGCGCUUGGCUGGGCUGGAGCAGUUGCUUCGGAGACUGCGAGCACGCGCUCAAGCUCAACUAUAGGCUGGUGCAGAUGGCCGCCUCUGGCUCCGGCAAACCGUGCCCCAGCUUAGUGAAGAGUCGCCCUUGCAAGUUGAACCAGUGCCGCAAAAGGUCGAAGUACCACACCUACAACCACAAGCGGAGUCCCCCUCCAAUUCUAAGAAAAGGUUCACUUGUAAGUAUCAAGCGACCUGGCCGAUAA